UGGGAUUGUGUCGCUAAGCCCCGGCCCUUCUGCCUCGCCGCCUUCGCUCGCUCAGCGCGGCCUGUUCCUUCCCGGCCCAUCGCCCCCGCCUCCAUUUCCCGCCCUCUCUUCACCACACACACGGCCCCCCCGAUCAUGGAUCCGGGCAGCGGCGGCGGCGGCGGCGGCGGCGGCGGCGGCGGUGGCGGCGGUAGCAGCAGUAGCAGCAGCGACUCGGCCCCCGACUGCUGGGACCAGGCGGACAUGGAAGCCCCCGGGCCGGGCCCUUGCGGCGGCGGCACCUCCCUGGCGGCGGCGGCGGCUGAGGCCCAGCAUGAUCACCUCAGCGCGGCCUUCAGCCGGCAGCUCAACGUCAACGCCAAACCUUUCGUGCCCAACGUCCAUGCCGCCGAAUUCGUGCCGUCCUUUCUGCGGGGUCCGGCCCAGCCGCCACCAACCCCACCUGGCGCCACCGCCAACAACCACGGAGCCGGCUGCGGCGCGGGAGGCCCUUCGGGUAAAGGGCCGGGAGCACCUGUGGAACCUUCUCAAGAGGAACAGCCAUUGUUGUAUGAAGGUUCAAAUUCAGCUGUUAGCAUGGAACUUUCAGAACCUGUUGUAGAAAAUGGAGAGACAGAAAUGUCUCCAGAAGAAUCAUGGGAGCACAAAGAAGAAAUAAGUGAAGCAGAGCCAAGGGAUGGUUCCUUGGGAGACGGAAAGCCCCUAGAAGAAAAUGCCCAAGAAAUGAUGGAGGAAGAAGAGGAAAUACCAAAACCUAAAUCUGUGGUUGCACCACCAGGUGCUCCUAAAAAAGAACAUGUAAAUGUAGUAUUCAUUGGGCAUGUAGACGCUGGCAAGUCAACCAUUGGAGGACAAAUAAUGUAUUUGACUGGAAUGGUUGACAAAAGGACACUUGAGAAAUAUGAAAGAGAAGCUAAAGAAAAAAACAGAGAAACUUGGUAUUUGUCUUGGGCCUUAGACACAAAUCAAGAAGAACGAGAUAAGGGUAAAACAGUAGAAGUGGGUCGUGCCUAUUUUGAAACAGAAAAAAAGCAUUUCACAAUUCUAGAUGCACCUGGUCACAAGAGUUUUGUCCCAAACAUGAUUGGUGGUGCUUCUCAAGCUGAUCUGGCUGUACUGGUAAUCUCUGCCAGGAAAGGAGAGUUUGAAACUGGAUUUGAAAAAGGAGGACAGACAAGAGAACAUGCAAUGUUGGCAAAGACAGCAGGUGUAAAGCACUUAAUUGUGCUUAUUAAUAAGAUGGAUGAUCCAACAGUAAACUGGAGCAAUGAGAGAUACGAGGAAUGUAAAGAGAAACUAGUGCCCUUUUUGAAAAAAGUUGGCUUCAAUCCCAAAAAGGACAUUCACUUUAUGCCCUGCUCAGGACUGACUGGAGCAAAUCUUAAAGAGCAAUCAGAUUUCUGUCCUUGGUACAGUGGAUUACCAUUUAUUCCCUAUCUGGAUAAUUUGCCAAACUUCAAUAGAUCAGUUGAUGGACCAAUCAGGCUGCCAAUUGUGGAUAAAUACAAGGAUAUGGGCACUGUGGUCCUGGGAAAGCUGGAAUCAGGAUCUAUUUGUAAAGGCCAGCAGCUGGUGAUGAUGCCAAACAAGCACAAUGUGGAAGUUCUUGGAAUCCUUUCUGAUGACGUAGAAACUGAUUCUGUAGCCCCAGGUGAAAACCUCAAAAUCAGACUGAAGGGAAUUGAAGAAGAGGAGAUCCUUCCGGGAUUCAUACUUUGUGAUCCUAAUAAUCUUUGUCAUUCUGGACGCACAUUUGAUGCCCAGAUAGUGAUUAUUGAGCACAAAUCCAUCAUCUGCCCAGGUUAUAAUGCGGUGCUGCAUAUUCAUACCUGUAUUGAGGAAGUUGAAAUAACUGCCUUAAUCUGCUUGGUAGAUAAAAAAUCAGGAGAAAAAAGUAAGACUCGACCCCGUUUUGUGAAACAAGAUCAAGUAUGUAUCGCUCGUUUAAGGACAGCAGGAACCAUCUGCCUUGAGACCUUUAAAGACUUCCCUCAGAUGGGUCGUUUUACUUUAAGAGAUGAGGGUAAGACCAUUGCAAUUGGAAAAGUUCUGAAACUGGUUCCAGAGAAAGACUAAGCAUUUUCUUGAUGACCCUGCACAAUACUGUGAGGAAAAUUGACUGCAAAAGCCUACUUCACACCGCCUUCUCUUAUUUCUGCCCAUUGACAAACCUCUCCCCAUAUUUUGCAAAGAGAAAAUUCACAGCAAAAGUCCACAUUAUGUCAGCUUUCUCAUAUUGAGAGCUCUGCUAUGCCACUGUUGAAUUUUUCCCCAAGAUUUUUUUCUUCCCCUCUCAAACUCUGCUUCCUUGGACAGAUUUGGCAAUAGCUUUGUAAGUGAUGUGGACCUAAUUGCCUACAAUAAUGAAAACCUACAGAAUUUUUUUUUUUUUUCCUUCAUUUUCCCCUUAGGCAUAUUUAGGCUUUUUUUCUCCCAGGCAGAUCAUUCUGAGUGUGCGAGUGUGUGUGCACAUGUUAAAAACACAACUACCAUGUUAAUAAAAUAUUCAAUUUGAAAUCCUUUUCGGUAUUUGAAUUGCUUUUAAAUAAUGUUUUUUAUCUGGAUGUAACAUUGUUGCAUUAGCUUUUUAACUUAACCAAGUAAUUGAAUACAUUUUAUUACUUGGAUUUUUCUAAACUCUUCCCCGACCCACUACUUUAAAUGAGGCAUUUACAAACAAUGUUCAAGUUUGUAUUAAAGGAAUUAGUUUGACCCCUUCUUUUGAUGGUUAAUGCAUAAAUACAAUUAAAUACCUUUUUGCAACUGUGACACUGCUUUAUUAGGUCUAUCCUUAUUUUAUGCUAAUUUAUAUUUUAACAUGAUUUCUUAAACACAGUAUGUUUAAAAUAGAACAGCAUACUGUAGUUUUUAUAAGUAAGCAUAAUGAAAUUGUACCCCUACAGGAAAUUCCAUUAACUCAUUAAAUCAGUGGAAUUUAUAAUAAAGAAAGCAUGUUGAGACCUGGCACAAAUGCCUCCUUUAGCAUUUAUAAGAGCUGCAUGCAUCCAGUAUGAAAACUAUUGAUUUUACAAGUGCCAGUUCUCCAAGGUCCUCAGUUCAUUCUUUGUAUCAGUAACUAAAGGUUGGAUAAUCCUUGCUGAUUAAAUCUCAGUCUAGGAACUAAGUGAACAGAGUCAUCAGAAUUUGCACAGACUGAAAUUUACAGUGAUGAGCAGAAUCAAGCACAGUUGAAGUUUUAUCUCAAUUAUUUGAAAUUGAGUUUUCUUAAAGUAUGAAGCUGAAAUUUGUUAAACCGUUAUUUAGACAAACCACACAAUGUGGUGAUUUUUAGAUUGAAGGCUGUAUUUCUGCUGUAACUAUCAUGACUGAAAUUUUUUAAGAGGAUAUAAUGGGAAAUAGAAGACACAAUUUCUGGAUUCUUUGGAAGUCCCCUUGAUUUUUAGUGGUGCCAUUCAUUGAAAACUUGGCCACUUUUAGAUUGUCAUUUAACUCUAAAUAAGAUACUUUGUAAUUGUAUAAUUAAUGGGAAAUCCUCCUUAUAAUCUUCCUCCUCAGAAAAGAAAAGCCUAGUUAGACUCUAACUUGAUGUUACCCUGUUUUCUUAAUUAUGGAAUCCCCAUUCAUUUCACGAAUGAGGGAACAUUUUAUGGACAGACUCGUUAUUGUCCUGCAGCUUCCUAUAACUAUACUUAUGGCUAUUUAAUUGCAUGAAAUUUAAAUAAAUUUUAUUAUGCUUGCAAAUCUCUGGGCUUUUAUUUUUCUGGGAAAUAGGAGAGCUUUAAUCAGGAUAUAACAACUUUGUACUUCCAAGUUAAUAAGAACAAAAUACUAGCAACUGCUUGGAUUUUUAACGAAUCACUGAAAUUAUUUCCAAAGAUAGAUUUUCAUUUUAAAAUUGAACACAUUUUUAAAAACCAAUUAUGUUUGCUGUUAAAACAUUUACACUUUUAGAAUAUUCCUGUGCAUGUUGCCAAGACUGUUAAGUAAACCACAUGGAUAUCAACUGAAGGGCCUACCUCUAAAAAAUAAGACAUAAUUUUAAAAAUACAGUUGUAAUUUUAAAAUAAAAAUUUCAUUGGAUUGUACCACAUUUGAGCAAAUAAUAAUUGGAUUACUUAGAAGAAAUGUCAAUGUUCAAUUAACCAAUUACCAUACAUUUUAUGGGGUUUGAAGUUCAUUGAGGCAGUUUUCCCAUUUAAAACUGAUGCAUUUUAAACUCCCCCAGCCAUACUGGCUCAUUAUUUCCAUGAGGAAAUAAACUGUCUGAGGUGAACUGGCAGUGUGUGGAGAUGUUGGGCCUUUAAAGAGCAAUACAAAUUCCUAUUUUGUCAUUGUCUUUUGCAAUGCAGUAUGCUUUUGUGGAAGACAAUGAAAAAUAGGGCAGUUGGCUAUAUAUUUAGGAUAUUACAGACCUAAACAUUAUUCUUUACCUUUAGCAUAGAUAGGUUAGAAUCAUUGUUUCCUUUGCAUCUUUUUCCAGUAGUGAAGCUUUUUCUCUAACUUUCAAGUGAGAUUAUUUAAUUAUAAUUUUUAAAUUAAUAAACUGAAUUUAAGUGAAAAGAUGUCACUGAAAUAAACCUAAUUGUCAUUUUAAACCCUUAUGUGGGGGAAGGAAAACAGCAAGUUUGUAAGAUGCAAAAAGGACUUUUUAAGCAAAAAUCUAUGUAAAUUCACACCAGAAGAGUUGUACUGAGUGUGUAUUGCCAUGAAAUUAAGCAAAUAGUAAAGUGGUCUUGAAUAAUUAAACCCAUGUGUAUUUCUUUGUUUGAAUUGAAAGUCUUGAAAUAUGUGAUAAAUGAAUGUAAAAAUUUUGUAAGCUGUCAAAGAGUACAGGUUGUUCAUUGUAACAUAGGGUUAUUCAUACUUGUCUGCUAGUUACAUAAACUAGAACUGCUUUUAGAAUAUGGGACUUUGAACGGCUGUAAUUGAACAAUUACUGGCAUCCUCAGCUGGAGCGCUGCAAAUAUUUUGGGUCUUACUUAAAACCAGAUGCACUUUCACAACCUAAGAAAAAGGUGAAUAUCAUCAAAAAUUGCUCCUCUGAUGAACUUUUGAAAAAAAUUCAGUUAAACUCACUGGUGAUCUUCAGGAACACUAGUCAUGUGACUAAGUACUCUCUGAUCCUUGAUGACUACUACAAUGACAGCACUCCAGCACCUUUCCUCACUGGCAUGGACUUUCUCAUGGAAUGCUGCUUCAUGGAUGAUCACUUCAUUGCUUUGGGUGGGGAUUAAGGUAGUCAAGGGGGGAAAUACACAGUUUUUAUUACCGUUCUUAACAUAAAGCAACGUUCAACCUUUAAAACUCUUUAUGAAAACUCUGGUUACAGCACUAUAGUUCUGGUUGUAGGAUGAUUAAAUGUUAUAUUCAGUGUUGGCCUCCCUUAUCAGAACAAACUGUGCCAUUAAUCCUCUCACAGACAUAUGUAAGGUAGAUAGCAAUCAACUAGAUUUUGGGGGAUGAUUUUUUUUACACCAAAUAAUAUACUUUAUUUCUCCAGCUAACUUUUCAAUGAUUCUAGCAGAUGCCAUCUAAUAUAUUCAUUAUCUUGUUUCUUUCUUUGGCAAUCUUGCUAUGGCAGCAACUUGGUAAAUAAGUGUGAUUACAUAUGCACAACUCAGACGACUUAAUAGGUUUAAAGUUAACAGUCAGUUGGUUAUAUUAGAUUUCAUAAUAAAUGUAAUAGGAAGUAUUUUUAUUUUCCAGUACAGUUCAGUGGAUUCCAUUUGAACCAAUUACUGCCAGAAUUCAGGCAGGGUAGAUUUGGUUCAACUUUUGAUGGAUUUGGCUCUAGGAUAGUCUUGAUUUUCAGUAUCCUAGAACAUAUUGAGUCUUCCCUACAAUAAAUACACUUUUCACAUACCUCUAAUCCUAUGCUUCCUUGAAACAUUAACAUACUAGCUGAAGUGUUUACUAAGAAAUCAUAAGGGCCUGCAGGUGUGGGAGUGGAGAUUAAAAACUUUACCUCCAGUAUAAGGGAAGAGCAGAUAGGCACUAUGUAUGAGAAGGCAGAAAAUGCCAGGACUUCUUAGGCAGCCCUUGGAAUGUAAUGUCUUCUCUGCCUUGUUGUACGUGCCACUGUGCCCUUUAAAACUUAACAUGGACACCUCAGGUUUAUGGACAGCAAAAAUGGAAUGACGUUUGUUUCCUGAGGCCCUCUCCACCAGGCACGGUAGCUUCGUGCUUCAGAUGUCAGCCCAAGUCCUUGCUACCUCCUUUCCUGCUACCCAUGGAGGAGGGUUUGUGCUGAAGCUGGAGCUCUUCAUGCCUCAGGGGACUGCCCUUGCCUCCAUUUUCCUCUCAUACAUUAGGUGAAAUUGAGGUCCCAGCCUGGAAGGUCUGCAGUUUUGUUUUUUUUUUUAAGUAGGGAGGAUUACAGGAAACUGGUUAGGUUGUGAAUUUUUUUAACCUAAUUCCAAAGCAUAAAAGAAUAUGUAGGAAUUACGGGAGUCCAGAGGUCAACUUUUUUUAUGAUUUGUAGCUACCUACUGUGCCUGAAUUGGUGCCUGUGUGAGGAUUAAGCCCCUUAGUCUGCUCUUGCAAUUAUUCAAAUUACUGAAGUAAAAAAGAAAUGCUUUUGUAAUAACAAUAAAAAAUUGUCAUCUUCCCUUUUGAA